AACUGAUUACAUGCCUUUUGGUACAUUUCUCUUCUGUUCUGAUACAGGUGCUACUUGUUUUGGGAACCCCGAGUCUGUUUUGGAGCUUCUUGUGAGCUUAAUCAAUGAUCAAAGUCAAGGUUUUGAGGUCGUAGAUUAUGGAAAACUUGUUGAAAAUCUAUAUCGUAAAGCAAUUUGCAAGGACUUGAUCACACAGGGGCUGUACUUGACAGAUUCUACUUCACUGAAUGCAAGUAUCCGUUUGCAGUUGUGUGCAGCACUAGGAUUGACAUCUGAUAUGCAGCAGCUACAACAUCAAAACACUGAUAUAAACGCUUUGGCAACAAAGUUGGAAGAACUGGAGAAAUUCAUGUCCCAGAAGAAGGUGAAAUUUGAUCCAUCCAAGACAUUGAAUAUGAAGAAGAUAGACAUGGCAAAUCUUGAAUGGUACAAGAAGUAUUGUAAAAGUCAAGGAAUUGGGUACUAUGACUGCUUCAAAAAGGACACCAAAAAGGACACCUCAAAAGUGGACACCUCAUCAACAGUUUCCCAAGAUGUUAUUCUGCCGCAGAAAAGCCUCAGAAACUACUGGAGUGAGAUGGUUGAAGAAGCAGAGAGGAAACCUCAGACAGAAGCUGCAGCCUUUCGUACUCGCUGGCUUUUUGCUGGAACUAACUACAGGAGAAUGGUUGAGCCCCUAUACAUUGCUGAAUACUAUGCAAAUGGUCUUCGUAACUAUGAGGCUAAAGGAAGGUCUAGACAUUAUGUAGUGUUGGAGAAGUGGCUGGAAGAAGAUAAGAAA